UGGUAGGCGGCCAUCCUAUUCACAGAGCUGUGGGUGUGUCCCUGGGACCCUCUUAUCCCAUACCGAGAAGGAGAAAAGAGACGUAGACGUCCACUCCACAGGUAAAUACCGAGAGAGCAUUAAGAUACUAACGUCCGCUCGGAUCUUGAGAAGAUACAUGGUAUUGAAGUGGACCUUAUAUCUUCGGGUCACAUCAUUCAUAAGAAGGGUAUUGAAUGAGGCGUCCAUUAUGAUUCAUAAGAAGGGUAUUAGAAGUGGCGGCCACCAUCGUUCAUAACAAGGGUAUUGAAAUAGGCGUCCACUAUCAUCAAGAAGGAGGGCAUCAGAAAAGGCGUCCACUAUGAUUCAUAAGAAUGGUAUUAAGCUGGGCGUCUCUCUUAUUUCAGUAUCUAUUCGAGAGGCAUGAUGGGCAUGACCGAUGACGAAAGCGAAAACUGAACAUCUAAAGAUCUCACGAAGGGGUGAAUACAGGCUGCGAAAAUUGGUGCUUCAAUCAAUCAUGAUUCUCUCUCGAGGGCACCAGCCUCAUCUAUUCUAACAAAACGACGACUAGGCCUUUGCCGCGGCCUUUGCGGCCUUGGCAGCGCGCACAUUCGGGCCACAGGGCAUCUUGAUGCCUCCCUGGCGUUGGAGUUUGUCCUUUCCGACGCGAAUGAUGUUGCCCACGUACAAAUAGCCCCAGUCGUCUAUUCCGUACCAGCGCAUCUCGACCCCUGGCACGGCCCGCACGAUGCGGAAGCCCUCUCUCUGUGAUCCCACCCUCUGGUGUCUAUUGAAAUCUCCUGUGACUCGAAGCCUCGCGCCGCACAGGUCACACUCGUAGGCCCAUGGCCGGUCGUCGUUGUUCCUGCCCGCACGGAUCGUGAUCUGUGGGACGAAGUUGCCGAUGUUGGACUGCACCAAGUUUGGAGCCUGCGAUGAGCCAGUGUUGACCAAGAAUGGAGGAACUGGGUACUGGAGAGGAAGAUUGGUUGCUGGCGCUUGAGCAGGAGGAUUUGGUUGAGGAUUUGGUUGAGGAGCCGCCAUUGUUCGGAAAUUGUUUGCUAGUGUUUCAAGAGGAAGAGCUCGACGUGGUCGAGUAUGGUGAUCUCCUGGAGGAAGAUGUUGUCUCAGCUGAUCAAGUAGUGGAUGAUUCUGGACAGGUUCAACAGGAAGGAUUCGAGGUGGUAAGGGAGGUGGCAGAGUGUCGUAGUCUGGUCGGAAAUGAUGUCUUGCAAGAUAGUCCACAAGGUCAAGAGGAAAUUGUGGUGGUAAAGGUUCUUCAUCCAGUUCAAGAAGAUAUUGAGGUGUUGGACUCUCUUCUUCUGGUGCAAGAGGAAAUUGGAAUGGUAAAGUGUCUUCAGCCGUCUCAAGAGGAUAUUGAGAUGUUGGAGUGUCUUUAGCUGGUUCAAGAGGAUACUGAAGGUUGUCAAGAUUUAGAGCAGUCUGAAGGAAUUCGUCGUUGAGACCAGCCUCAUUAGCCAAGUGUCGUGGGGUUUCUGGGAACGCUGGCACGGCCAAGCCGUCGCGGCUGGUGUCUGUAGGCUCUUGAUUGAUGGCUGCGGCUGAAGUGGC